AUGCCGUCGUCAAGGGGAGAUCAUGGGGGCAGCGGUCCUGGAAGAGGAUCAGAGGAGGCGGAAUCGUCAGCUAUGGCGGUCAGGAGGGCUGCUCCAAUACCCAUCACUGCCGGAGCCUUCAGCUUCAAUUUAGCAGCGACACCUGCUGCUGCAAAGAAAGCUCAACAAGGCGCGACGAGUAGCAGGAAGACUUCCAUGGCUCCUUCAUUCACGUCGCACAAGACUACACAGACUCCUCAACGGUCGAUACUCCACGCGCUCGAUUCACUGCCUUCGCCUCUUCAGUUCCGCCGGGAUGCGACACCCAAGCCCGGAGCGACGGGAACUCAUAGACUUGGUAGUGUCCUGGACGAGGUAUCGCCCUUCAGAUCCAAGACUCCGAUGAGAUCGAAGGAUGGAGAUGUAUCGCUGGGACAGCUGCCUGGAGCAGAGAGCAUGACUAUUCAAGUGGCGAAGCGGAAACGAGAGGAUGAGAUCAUGGAAAUAGAGGAAGAAGGCAUUGGAGUAUCACCUCGCAAGAGUAAGGACGUACGAUGGGCCAACAAGGGCGAGUCAUCCCUUAUCCUGUUCUACUCAUCGCUGGAAAGAAGAAUGGCUAUGCCGAGAUCGCCAGCUACUUCCCGCAAAGACAUGAUGUCCAGUGCAAGGUCAAAGUUGGGGUUGGAGCUAGAGACACUGGUGCGAUCUGCUGCUCUUAUCCUGCUUCCACUGUCCGCAGUUGGGGGUCCCACACACCAGGCAAUUAUCGUCAAGUGUCAGCUCAAGGGCAGGGACAACGCCGACACACACCCUCCGGCCGUCGAAUCGUCCAUGCAAUCCAACGAGGAGAUCAAUGGGUCGAAUCAGCUUCUGUAUGUGGUAUUCCAAGCUCUGCCUGCUGGCUGUCCUCGCUUGGGUCUUGAUCAGCGGGUGAUGGCGGGCAAAUUGCAGGAGCAAGGAGGAUGGAGCGGUGUAAUCGGUGUCUGGCCGCCGUGGACCGAGCGGGAUCUAGUGUUAUACGAUGAGCACCAUGAACUUCCAGAUAUAGCAUCGGAAGAGGGUACUGAAAAGAGGAACGUCCGUGUAAUAUUCGCAUCAAGAUAUCUGAUUGUAGAUGAUAGACAAGUAGUGAAGUAA